GCGGCCAGCCAAGAGACGACCUGCUGGGUAAACAACAGUGGAUGCCUCGGAAGGCAGGAAUGGGAACUUCUUCGAGGGCAAAUAGUGAGAUUUUUUUUUAUCUUGUCACAUAGAGAAAUAACACGGAGGUCGUAUUGUCUCUUCCGAGUCGACUGGGUUUCCAUUUCGAGCCAAAAUGGCUGAUUAUAAUCGAGUAUUUACUGAGUGAAGUGGAGCUAGCGUUAGCUUAGCUCGUAGCCAUCCGGGGCCCACUGCCUUCGAUUUUGCUUCUCGGCACGGCUCGGGACUGUGUUGCCAGUUUCACAAUCCCGGCCGCUACAGUCCUCCGGGUCGCGAUUUCUGCGUACUAGGCCUGCCUAGUUGCAGUUCGGGUAACACAUAGAAAACUACCUGUUUUCACUACUUGUCACUAUUUCCUGCAGGAUUCAACCCCGCAUGUUGCAAAAAGGACGGUGACACAUUUUGAAAAAAGGAUUUGGACACAGGUUUGGUGACAUGCAGUGGUGAGAAGCUUUGGAAUUAAUGCAAGUUCAUUUGGUUUUUGCUCCGUGAGGUCAGACCUGCCACCAUGAAGAGUGAGGUGCCGUCUGAGGCCGCCAACAGACAGGAGCAUAUGAAGGAGCAACUGGUGAAUCCCGAACCCAUGGAGGCAGCCAAGAGCUUCCCUAACAACAUGGAGGUGAUUGGAAAAGCUGGCAGCGAUUUUGAAACUCUUUGUGAGUCGAGGCAUCGGCCCCUGAGAGACACGGGGACACAUAGAGACUCAGAACGGAGCUUUCCCGGACGUAGAAAACGAAAAGGCCAACAGGCAGGCCCAUCAGACUGCUCGCUCAAGGAUGGCCACAUCAGUGAGAGUUCACUGGCACCUCAGCGUCCCAGAGUAGAACUUUUACAGCAACCCAGCGAGGAUGAGCAUAAUCACGAGUCCUCUUUUAGUGACUGUGCUUCGUCCCCUUCAUCCAGCCUGCGAUUCGGGGACUCAGACACUCUUAGCUCGGAGGACGAGGGGGAAGCAGGAGCAACAGGAGGCCAACAUAAGGCCCCUGCCCUGACAGGAGGCGGAGCCACUGGAGUCGGCUUGCGCCCUGCUCUGGGCCGAACUCGGGGCAGCCGCACUCAUAACUGGGUGCGGUCUGAUGCUGAGCCCGUGCUGCUGAAGCGGGCGUGCCUGAGCAGCCGGCGGCCUCUACAUAGGAAACGCUUUGUGAAAACGGCUCCUGGAGGAGGUCAGCGGACUCAGAAGCAAAAGGAGAGACUACUACAACAGAGAAAGAAUCGUGAAAUGUUUGCACGCAAGAAGUAUGCUCUACACCACAGCACCAGUAGUUCCAGUGAGGAGCUCAGCGGUGACUUGUCCUCUGAAUCUUCUACUGAAGCAGAGGAUGAGAUGUAUGUAGAUGUCAGCAGCACUAGCAGCCAGACCAACAGUGCUGCUGUGGCCUCAGGUGCUCUGGACGAGGAUGUGGUGGUGAUUGAGGCGUCUCCAGCUCCCGCUCCCGCUGUCCCUGCAAGUGAGGAGAUCAAUGUGACCUCAACGGACAGUGAGGUAGAGAUCGUCACAGUUGGAGAUGGGUUCAGGUCACGCUCAGUGGGGGGUCUUGGCCGAAUGUGGGGUAAUAGCUGCUCCCAGAAUCGCCUCCAGGAGCCACGUGGACGUCACAGGCUCUCCACUGUUAUCCAACCGCUGCGGCAGAAUGCUGGGGAGGUGGUGGACCUCACGGUUGAUGAAGAUGAUCUCUCAGUUGUGCCAACAACCUCUGGCGGGAUUCAGCCUCAAACAGUCAGGUCGUCCUCAUCAUCAUCAUCAUCCCAUCAAGCCUCUACCUCAGAGCUCAAUGAUGCCCCAGGCCCUUCCACUAGCUGCCCAGGUUCAACACCUGAAAGUAUGCACACACAGAGGCCUAGUGGCUCUGCUCGCACAGCUCCAGAGGAUGACAACAGACCAGGUUUGUCAGGUACAACAGGAGAAAAUGCAGGCGUGGCCAUGCCUAGGCUCCCAUCCUGUUGUCAGCAGCACUCACCAUGCGGAGGCCCCUCCCCUGGUCACCUGCCCCUGAGCCACUCCCAUUCAAGCUGCUUGCAGGCGUCGUCCCCUCAGCAGACCAGCAGCUCUCAGCACAGCCACAGCAACACUCAACACUUUCUCCACCAUGCCCACCACCCAGCACCGCAGCCCCCAGGCACCAUGCUUUUUCCGGAGCCGAUAUGCCCCGUGGUGCGACCCAGUGCUCUGCCCGCCCCCUGCGCUGGAGUCAGCAGCAGCAGCAACAGCAGUAGUAGCAGCAACGCAGCCCACUACCAUGACCAACAAACUUUGCCAGUGGACCUGAGCAACAGCAGCGUUCGGAGCAGUGGAAACAGCGGGGCGAGUUUCCAUGGCAGCACUUCAGCCUUUGACCCUUGCUGCCCAGGUUCCACCUCACGGCCCCCUGCUUAUGUUUCCCAGCCCACCCCUGGGCCCAGUCAGCCAAGUGUGGUGGACUCGUUCAACUCCCCUAUGGUGGCUCAGCCCCAGCCGCAAACACAACCCCAGCCCUGCAGACAUUACAUGCACCCAACUUAUGGCCCUCUAACACGUUCACUGCAUCAUCAGUCCUCUUCCGCCUGUCCUCAUUCCCAUGGGAACCCCCAGCUUACACCUCAGACCCCAGCACAAGGUGAAUUUCUCAUUCCCCACACCUUUCAUGCACCUCUGUCAUCCCACCCGCCAGGCCACGCCGUGCCGCCCGCCCCUCCCCCGUCUCUGUCCACCCACCACCUCACUAAUUCAAGUGCCCAGCUGGCCCAACAUCUCCCUGCGGACCACCAGACCUUGCCGCACAUGUAUAGGAUGGAGGUUCAGAGGCGCAGGAUGAUGCAGCACCCCACACGAGCACACGAGCGUCCUCCUCCACACCCCCACAGAAUGCACCCCAACUACGGCCAUGGGCACCACAUCCAUGUGCCACAAACUAUGUCUUCCCAUCCUCGCCAGCCUGAGCAGAGAACAGCAUGGGAGCUCGGCAUCGAAGCCGUGGCCCCGUUCCCUUCAGGGCACCUGCACUCCCACCUGCCCCACUACCACCCUCCCCCAAGACUGCACCACUUCCCCAUCCCCUUCAUGCACACUGGCAUAUCUGAAGUGACCUACCCGCACAUUAGGUACAUCUCAUCUAGAAUUACUGGCUUCGGAAGAACUUAUGAGGACCUGCUGCAUUUAGAGGAGAGACUGGGGACUGUGAACCGAGGAGCCUCUCAGGGAACCAUAGAGAGGUGCACUUACCCACACAAGUACAAAAAGUCUCCAAACAUUUCUCACAAACAGAGAAAGCUGCACGGUAAGCAAGACGAAGACGAGGGGGCAGAUGAAGACACAGAGGAGAAAUGCACCAUCUGCCUGUCAAUACUGGAGGAGGGGGAGGAUGUCAGACGCCUACCGUGUAUGCACCUCUUCCAUCAGCUGUGUGUGGAUCAGUGGCUCCUCACCAAUAAGAAGUGCCCCAUCUGCAGAGUGGACAUUGAGGCGCAGUUGUCUGCUGAGAGUUGAUGCUGUUUUUUUUCCCCUUUUUCUUUUCUAACAACCCUUUUGUUAAAAAUUUAUUUUGAGAUCAUAUUAAUUUCUCUUCAGUACUGCAGUCAACCAAAGAUGGCAUGAAUUACCCCUGCAGCAGCUCUACUGCAAGGAUAUUUAAAAAAAAAAGACAUCUGACAGAGAAAAAAAUAAAAGCAUUGAGCCUAGAGUGCCAGCUAUCACAUGUUACUACAACAGCUAGAAUUCUCCAUUAAGGGUUUAAGAUUUUAUUGUAUUUAUAAAGCUUUUAUGUAGCUUUUUUGAUCGUUUCCUCAAGUGUCAUUUUCGUUCUGUUUCUCUGCAUGUUUCCUCGCAAUGCAUUUCUUUGCACAUAUAACGUGGGCUCGAAACGGCCUAACAAGUUGCAGGUGAGGAUAGCUGCUCUAGUAAAGAUGCAUUUCUGUAAACCUAAUGCCUUGCUUUACUAGAAUAGAAUGUCAACCUCCAGUUAAAGGAAAAAAAAAAACAAAAAAAAAACCAAACAUUGCAGGAUUCAUUUUACCAAUCAUUGUAUCAUUGAUUAGUUUAUGUUUAGAAGAUGUGGAUUGUUAGUGAGAGAUGUUUUUUUUUUUUCCUUUCUUUUCUUUUUUUUUUUUAAGUAAAUCAAGACAUUCCUAACUAGGGAACUAUGUUAACAGAUCAGCUGCUGUAUUAGUGCACACCCAGUAUUUCUAGAGUGGAAAUAAACUCAGAUGUUCACCUCACUCCCAGAAUAUGCACACGCUUUGCUACGAUUACACCACCCGCCCCUUCCCCCUUUUUCCAGCACCUUCAUUUUGACUACAACACCGUUACCGCCACCAUCCGAUGUAUUUUAGAGGACAAAGAAAAAAAGAAUGUCACCUCCCUCUCUUUGACUGUUCUUUCUAAACCGAACGAUUGUCGGGAUCUGCUGUGAAUCUUUUCUUCAUUCUGUUUGGGGUUCCUUCCUGCAGACGGGCCUGCGGACGCUAGGUUUAUGGGAGAUGAUCUCAGGUCGACGCAUGGCCCCGCAACCUGGGAUCAUUUUGUCAAUUUGAUACUGGCAGUGGCGUUGAUUUUUCAUUUCCUGUGUGUAUAUGUGUGCGCGCGUGCGUAUGUGUUCAGAGGGAAAUACACAGCUCAAUUGGAGAUGAAUAUUUACUGUUUAUUCUCACACGUCGAACCAUUUCACCCACCCUCCCUUUUUGUCUCUCUGUAGUUGAGCAGCAGCGUCUGCUUUGGCCGCUGAGAAAAGAAAAGAAAAAAACACUAAUGCUGUCGACUAACUCACUCGCAUAGACUUGCACAAGAGAGAAAAGGGUAGGAGGACCGUAGUGAAUAUGACAGUGUGCUGAGGCCAUGUAUUUCCACUCUGACGAAUAGUAAAAACUGAAAAAUUACAAUUUUGAAUGGAGUGUUGAAAUGCAGUACUUAAAGCAGGUAGCCAUGCAUUCAUUGACUUAAAGGCACCAGGAUCAUAUUCUGUGGGAUUUCUAUUAGUUUUAAAAAAUGAUAUUAAUAAACUUGGAUAACUUAAUUGUGUUGUUUC